AUGGAGACAGUAUGCGAUCCAUGCUGGACAUGUCGCAACCGCCGCAUUCAAUGCGACCAGUCCGGAACACCAUGCGCCAAGUGCGAGAAGGGCGGGGUGGAAUGCUUCGACAAAAGACCUCUGAGGUGGGUCAAGGGCGUUGCAAUUCGCGGAAAGAUGCAAGGCCAUUCGUAUGAGGGCAUGGCAGAUGGCACUCCUGUGCAUACUUCUAGAACUACCAACUCCGCGAUAUUGACACCGAAGAAAUCGUCCCGCGCGCUGGUCCAAGCUUCUGCUGACAGUAGAACCCUGCCGGUUACCUUGCAAGACCCGACCAUGUCAAACCUGGAUCAAACUUCGAAAUAUUAUAUAGACUACUAUAACGAACGCAUAUGCAAAUUGUUCAUUGUAUACGACAGCGCCAGAAAUCCAUUCCGGAGUUUGAUCUCCUUCGGUUUGAACGAUCCGGUCUUGCAGAAGGGCAUACUUGCUCUCGCGGCGCGGCAUCAUGCCAAUACAGGCCAGCCGUUCGAUCAAAUUCAAGCUCCGACAUCCGCUGGCCUCAUUAAUGCCAAUCGCGAUGCGCUACUUUUUAAACAUCAAGCCAUGGAAGCUCUCUCCCGGGUACUUAGCGAUGGAAGAACAGCGAAAAGCGACACAACUGUCGCUAGCAUAUUUCUUUUUAUUUUCCUGGAUCUCCUCGAAUCCGGAAGUGAAGGUUGGAAUUUUCAUCUUGAGGGUGCUAAGAGUUUGAUUACAUCCUACCAGCCGCUGCUGGAGGCGCAAGCUGGGGUUAAUAAUGGACCUAGCCAGACGGUACAGCAGAUCCGGGGGUUUAUCUCCAGUCAGAUUCAUUUAAUUGAAACGCUGGGGGCAACAUUUUUACGACCGAAACUACUGUCAAAAUUCAUUUUUGACGGCCAAUCAGAAAGGCAACCCCAAGAAGAAAUUGAACAAUCUUUCCUUGGAUGUCCGGAGUUCCUGUUAUCGGCGAUACAAUUUCUCUCGAACGAAAGGGACGCCAUCGCGGGACAGCUGCCGGACGGUGCCGCCCUCCAAACACAUAUCCAAGAUACUACCGCGAUGUUGGAACUCGUCCAAAACUUUGACAGUUACGCCUGGGCUUCGAGUCUCCAACAUUCCAGACAGUCUGCCCCAGACGAAAUCAAUAAUCUCUGCACAUUAUCGCAGACAUUUAAAAUCGGGGCUUUGCUGUAUGGGAGACGCAUUCUUGAUGCACUCACGGAAAUCAUCACAGUGCAGGACGAUUUGGUCUCUGAGCUGUUGGGUCUGAUUGAUACUUUGAAAGACGACGAGGCGCUUUUCAAAUGUGUUCUGUGGGUUAUCUUCGUGGCGGGCUUGGAGUGUCGGUCUCGGGCCCAGAAAGACUUUUUGGUUGAAUCUUUAGAAAAGUUUUGGACCGCUACGAGAUGUUUGAAUGUUAUUAGUGCAGCGAAGAUCCUGAAAGAUUAUUGGGAGCAGGAAGAAGGCUUGGAGACUUCGUCGCCGUGGAUAUUUGAUAUUGGUCGUUUGGGUCGUGACUGCCUUCUGAUAUAA